AAUCCUUUGGCGCCGAUGCAGGACACCCUGUGCCAGCUGCAGAACGAGACAGCGGCGACGAAUCCCGCGGCACAGCCGCAGAGAGCGGCCAACAUGUACUACAUGACGAAGCUUCAGAUCAGAUCAGAGAACGUUUGCCUGCGACCAUGGUCCUUCGAGCGCGUGCCGAACAAGAUGAUCCGGGGCCUGGACAACGCUCUCAUCUACACAUCGACGAAGGAGGCCUGUCUCGCGGCUUGCCUCAACGAGCACCGGUUCACCUGUCGAUCCGUCGAGUACAACUACGUCACUCUGCAGUGUCAUCUGAGCGACUCCGACCGGAGAACCACCGGCCAAUACGUGCAGUUCGUGGACGCCCAGGGGGUGGAUUACUUCGAGAACCUGUGUCUGAAAGAGGCGUGCAAAUCUCAGAGGAUCUUCCAGAUGCCGCGAAUCGGCGUGGCCGACGAUAAGGUUGCGCAGUACGCGGGGUUGCAUUAUUACACGGACAAAGAGCUGCAAGUUCAGAGCGAGUCCGCGUGCAGAUUGGCCUGCGAGAUCGAGAACGAGUUCCUCUGCAGAUCUUUCCUGUACCGCGGCGCCCCUCAGGGAUCCGCGUACAAUUGCCAGCUGUUCCAUCUGGAUCAUUGGACUCUUCCAGAUGGCCCCUCGACGUACCUGAACGCGGAACGGCCGCUGAUCGAUAACGGCGAGCGGGUUGGAACUUACUUCGAGAACUACUGCGAAAAGGGUACGGGCCCGGUCGCGGACCCGCUGCCGGUCGUCUUCGAGACUACCGAAGAUCCGACGAUAAAUAACCUGACGAGGAAUGACAUAAACUGCGAUAAAACUGGUACUUGCUACGAUGUAUCCGUCGACUGCAAAGACACGCGAAUUGCCGUCCAGGUUCGUACGAACAAGCCGUUUAACGGCCGCAUUUACGCUCUCGGCCGCUCGGAAACCUGUAACAUCGAUGUGAUUAAUAGCGAUCUCUUCAGGCUCGAUCUGACCAUGAGCGGACAGGACUGUAACACCCAAAGCGUGACUGGCAUCUACUCCAACACGGUCGUCCUCCAGCAUCAUUCCGUGGUGAUGACCAAGGCUGAUAAGAUCUACAAGGUGAAGUGCACGUACGACAUGUCCUCGAAGAACAUCACCUUCGGGAUGAUGCCCAUCAGGGACCCGGAAAUGAUCAGCAUCACCAGUGCACCGGAGGCCCCUCCGCCAAGGAUCCGUAUCCUCGACAGCAGGUCCAGGGAAGUCGAGACUGUCCGUAUAGGAGACAAGUUGACAUUCAGAAUCGAAAUCCCGGAAGACACUCCCUAUGGAAUCUUCGCCCGAAGCUGCGUCGCCAUGGCGAAGGACUCGAAAAGCACUUUCCAGAUCAUCGACGACGAAGGAUGUCCAGUGGAUCCAUCGAUCUUCCCGAGUUUCACACCUGACGGAAACGCCCUUCAAUCUGUGUACGAGGCGUUUAGAUUCACCGAGUCUUACGGCGUGAUCUUCCAAUGCAACGUGAAGUACUGCCUGGGACCGUGCGAGCCGGCUGUCUGCGAGUGGGGAAGAGAAUCCGUAGAGUCAUGGGGCAAGAGGCGUCGAAGAAGCAUCGCGAACGCGACGGAGGAAAAGGCGGAGGACAUGACGCUGUCUCAGGAAAUCCUCGUCCUCGACUUUGGCGAUGAGAAACAGUCGGACUUUUUGAAGAGCGAUGCCAGCAUAGACUUCAACGAAGCCGACAAAACGGUGACCAUAGUGGAACCCUGUCCAACGAAGACCUCGGUGCUGGUCCUGGGCGUGACGUGCGCCCUGCUGGUCCUCAUCUACAUCUCCACCAUCUUUUGCUACUACAUGAAGAAAUGGCUGUCACCCCGCAAGAUGAUGCCCUGAAAACUUCCCCGUCGAGGCUCAGGACCCACCGAGAGGCUCAGGUGGUGACGAGAGACGCGGCAAGGGAAACUCCGGAUAAAGUGGAAACUCGCGUGGCGUAACGCGUCGUGCGUGUCGCUAGACCGCAUGCGAUG